CGCGCCGCCCUUGACCGCAGGAGUCCGCGCCGCCGGCGUCUCCUCUCUCCCGCCCUGCCAGACCCCUCGGGCUCCUUAAACAGCUCGGUCCUUGAGGUCCCUCUGUGUCCCCCGCGCCCCGCAGCCCUCCGCCCCCUCCCGGAGGCCGACUGUGUGGACGGUGGGGACCACCUCUCUUCCCUGCUGGGACUGAAUGACCGAAGGUCCAGCGACCGUCCAGAUCUGACCGUUGGGGGCAUGGAGAGGUGGCCUGGGCUGGGACUGACCAGGUAAGGUCGUCCCCAGAAGUCAGACAUGGGACAGACCAGCCUCAGGGCAGCCACGGCGCCUUCUCACCGCCCGGCCAGGGUGAUGGAACUCGCCUAUCAGACUGACCACUGAGUAACAGUGGACUGCCCUGGUCUGGCUCACCCAGAGCGACCAGCCCAGGCCUACGCAGUUUUGGGGGACCCAACCAGGGUGAAGGAUCUGAACUGACAGUUCCCCCUAGGCUGACCUGGCCAGCCCAAUUCACUGACCUCCUGUGCCCACCACCUGUGCAGCCAUGGAGAAGAUGUCCCGAGUGACCACGGCCCUGGGUGGCAGUGCACUGACGGGCCGCACCAUGCACUGCCACCUGGAUGCGCCGGCCAAUGCCAUCAGUGUGUGCCGUGACGCGGCCCAGGUGGUCGUGGCAGGCCGCAGCAUUUUCAAGAUCUAUGCCAUUGAGGAGGAGCAGUUUGUGGAGAAGCUGAACCUGCGUGUGGGCCGCAAGCCCUCACUCAACCUGAGCUGCGCCGAUGUUGUCUGGCACCAGAUGGAUGAGAACCUGCUGGCCACAGCGGCCACCAACGGCGUGGUGGUCACGUGGAACCUGGGCCGGCCAUCUCGCAACAAGCAGGACCAGCUGUUCACGGAGCACAAGCGCACGGUGAACAAAGUCUGCUUCCACCCCACUGAGGCCCACGUGCUGCUCAGUGGCUCCCAGGACGGCUUCAUGAAGUGCUUCGACCUCCGCAGGAAGGACUCUGUCAGCACCUUCUCAGGCCAGUCUGAGAGUGUGCGGGAUGUCCAGUUCAGCAUCCGGGACUACUUCACCUUCGCCUCCACCUUUGAGAAUGGCAAUGUGCAGCUCUGGGACAUUCGGCGGCCUGACCGCUGUGAGAGAAUGUUCACUGCUCACAAUGGGCCUGUCUUCUGCUGCGACUGGCACCCCGAGGACAGGGGCUGGCUGGCCACAGGUGGGCGUGACAAGAUGGUGAAAGUCUGGGACAUGACCACGCACCGCGCCAAGGAGGUGCACUGUGUGCAAACCAUUGCCUCAGUGGCCAGAGUCAAAUGGCGGCCUGAGUGCCGCCACCACCUGGCCACAUGCUCCAUGAUGGUGGACCACAACAUCUACGUGUGGGACGUGCGCCGGCCUUUCGUGCCAGCCGCCAUGUUCGAGGAGCACCGAGAUGUCACAACAGGCAUCGCCUGGCGCCACCCGCAUGACUCCUCCUUCCUGCUCUCCGGUUCCAAGGACAGCACGCUGUGCCAGCACCUGUUCCGUGAUGCCAGCCAGCCUGUUGAGCGUGCCAACCCUGAGGGCCUCUGCUACGGCCUCUUUGGGGACCUGGCCUUCGCUGCCAAGGAGAGCCUAGUGGCCACUGAGUCGGGGCGCAAGCCCUACGCUGGUGAUCGGCGCCACCCCAUCUUCUUCAAGCGCAAGCUGGACCCUGCCGAGCCCUUCGCGGGCCUCGCCUCCAGUGCCCUCAGCAUCUUUGAGAUGGAGCCUGGCAGUGGCAGCAUGAGCUGGUUUGUGGACACGGCUGAGCGUUAUGCCCUGGCUGGCCGGCCGCUGGCUGAGCUCUGUGACCACAAUGCAAAAGUGGCUAGGGAGCUCGGCCGCAACCAGGUGGCACAGACAUGGACCAUGUUAAGGAUCAUCUACUGUAGCCCUGGCCUGGUGCCCACCACCAACCUUAACCACAGCAUGGGCAAGGGCAGCUCCUGUGGCUUGCCGCUCAUGAACAGUUUCAACCUGAAGGAUAUGGCCCCAGGGCUUGGCAGCGAGACCCGGCUGGACCGCAGCAAGGGUGACACACGGAGCGACACAGUGCUGCUCGACUCCUCGGCCACACUCAUCACCAACGAGGAUAACGAGGAGACCGAGGGCAGCGAUGUGCCUGCGGACUACCUGCUGGGCGACGUGGAGGGCGAGGAGGACGAGCUGUACUUGCUGGACCCGGAACACGCGCAUUCCGAGGAGCCCGAGUACGUGCUGCCCCAGGAGGCCUUCCCGCUGCGCCACGAGAUAGUGGACACGCCGCCUGGGCCCGAGCACCUGCAGGACAAGGCCGACUCGCCCCAUGUGAGCGGCAGUGAAGCCGAUGCGGCCUCCUUGGCACCCGUGGACUCCUCCUUCUCGCUCAUCUCCGUCUCGCACGCACUCUACGACAGCCGCUUGCCGCCUGACUUCUUCAGCGCCCUGGUGUGCGACAUGCUGCGUUUCUAUGCCGAGCAGGGUGACGUGCAGAUGGCCGUGUCCGUGCUCAUCGUGCUGGGUGAACGCGUGCGCAAGGACAUCGACGAGCAGACCCAGGAGCACUGGUACACGUCCUACAUCGACCUGCUGCAGCGCUUUUGCCUCUGGAACGUGUCCAACCAGGUGGUCAAGCUGAGCACCAGCCGCGCCGUCAGCUGCCUCAACCAGGCCUCCACCACCCUGCACGUCAACUGCAGCCACUGCAAGCGGCCCAUGAGCAGCCGCGGCUGGGUCUGCGACCGGUGCCACCGCUGCGCCAGCAUGUGCGCCGUCUGCCACCACGUGGUCAAGGGGCUCUUCGUGUGGUGCCAGGGCUGCAGCCACGGCGGCCACCUGCAGCACAUCAUGAAGUGGCUGGAGGGCAGCUCGCACUGCCCAGCGGGCUGCGGCCACCUGUGCGAGUACUCCUGACGGCAGCCGGCGGGUGGGGCUGGGCGUGUCAACCAAUAAAGGACGCGGAGCUGCAGUCUGAGGCCGCCUGUCACCGUCCCGCCGACGGCCGUCCCCGUGCCGGGCCACG